GUUUUAAAAAAAAUGAUACAGAAGUAUCUAGAGACACUCCAACUCUCUGCCUCCCUUCCUUCGUUUGCAGCCCCAAUAAAUACCGGCCGUCGCUCUUCGGUCUUCUUCCCAACGUCGCUUCAAGUUCAAACAAUCAGCGGCGAGGAAACUGCUAUACCCAGAGACAGAGAUGGGGCGGCCCAGGGUUUUCUUCGACAUCAGCAUCGGCGGCGAGCUUGAAGGGCGGGUCAUAGUGGAGCUCUACAACGACGUCGUCCCCAAGACUGCUGAAAACUUCAGGGCUCUCUGCACCGGGGAGAAAGGCAUUGGUCCCAACACCGGCGUCCCUCUCCAUUUCAAGGGAUGCCGGUUUCAUCGGGUCAUUAAAGGGUUCAUGGCGCAAGGAGGAGACAUCUCUGCAGGGGAUGGAACUGGGGGGGAAUCUAUUUAUGGGUUGAAGUUCGAGGAUGAAAAUUUCGAACUGAAACACGAGAGGAAAGGAAUGUUAUCCAUGGCAAAUUCUGGACCCAAUACAAACGGUUCACAAUUCUUCAUCACCACCACUCGCACUUCUCAUCUGGAUGGGAAGCAUGUUGUGUUUGGCAGGAUUGUGAAAGGAAUGGGAGUUGUUAGGUCGGUUGAGCAUGUUCCUACUGCUGAAGGUGAUAUUCCGACUCUCGAUGUUACCAUAGCUGAAUGUGGAGAGAUUCCUGAAGGAGAAGAUGAUGGGAUAACCAACUUCUUCAAUGAUGGGGAUGAGUAUCCCGACUGGCCAGUUGACCUUAAUGAGAGCCCUGAGGAGCUUACUUGGUGGAUGGAUGCUGUGGAUGCUAUAAAGUCUUUUGGCAACGACCACUUCAAGAAACAAGACUAUAAGAUGGCUCUUAGGAAGUAUAGGAAGGCUUUGCGUUAUCUGGAUAUCUGCUGGGAGAAAGAAGGGAUUGAUGAAGGGAAGAGUUCAGCAUUGAGGAGGACGAAAUCUCAAAUCUUCACUAACAGCUCUGCUUGUAAGUUGAAAAUGGGGGAUAUUAAAGGAGCAUUGCUGGACACAGAUUUCGCUAUGCGCGAGGGAGAAAACAAUGUGAAAGCUCUAUUUCGCCAGGGACAGGCAUACAUGGCUCUCAAUGAUAUAGAUGCUGCUGCUGAAAGCUUCACGAAGGCAUCGCAGUUGGAACCCAAUGAUGCUGGAAUACGAAAGGAGCUGCUGGCUGCUAAGAAAAAGAUUAAUCAGAGGAACGAGGUAGAGAAAAACCAGUACAAGAAGAUGUUCCAAUAGCGAUCCUUGGGAUAACUGGCAGGUUUUUGGUAGCAGGGGGGAAGAUCACGAAAACUUUUUUUGGAGCUAAACGUGUACAAAUUGUUGGGAAGCUUGAAACCACCUAUCCUUUCUCAUAUGGGAAAUCUCAAUGGGUGUAACUUCUGACAGAACGUUUGUGUUAACAAACUGAUGUUGCACGGAAUUUUGGCCAUACAAUAGACAGUUUUGACUCCUUUUCUCACUUUGCACCACCUUUUCCUGCAUUUUUCUUGGUGAAUGGUUAGAGUACGUUGGAGUCUCUCUUUUGGAUAUGCUUUAUUUUACAUUCAGCAGGCAAUGCAAAGCUAGUUUACUUACGGAAGGAAUAUUUAUACUGUAUUCUACUCGUAGCAAGGCGUAUACAGGUUUAGUAUUAAGUACACAAAGUAAAUAACCUUUACAUAAUAGCCCUAUUCCUAGCUAGAACUUGCAGCUAGAUCCUCAGAUUAUCUUUC